AUGGUGGCCCAGCUGUAUAAGAGGAAACACGGUGAGGUCGACGAGGGCACUAUAAGCGAAGCCAGCUAUGGCGAUGAGGAAGAAGGUCUUCGGAAGAGAAGGAGCAGGUCCCAAAACCCGGGGCACAUGGCGGAAUCGAAAUCAGAUGGACGUGAUCAAGAUAGUACACGUCCAAUGCUGAAUCCUAUUAGGGUCCAACCAAAAACACCGCCGAUAGGACGUCGAACAUCAAGAACACCAAUUCAAGGCAAAGAGCUGCAGAUUCCGUCUCGGCCAGCAACUCCAAAUGCAACACGAGAUGUGUUUCUCGUCAACAAUGCCGCUACCGUCAGUAGCGAGCUCUCAACUGCUGCACUCAUGCCCAAACUUGCGUCGACGACCCGCUCAGUGGCCACAUCUGUAACACUCAAAACACCGAAGAUAGCAGAAGGAGCUAUGGAAGUCGACAUAAGAGUAGCAGAAGUUGCCGAAAACUCAAAGAUUGACACCAGCUCUUUCAGAGAUCUAGACGAGGCAGAAUGGGCAGCUUUUGAGGCCGACGUGGUCAACGCCCCGAGCUUCGCAGCCGUGGGACAUCCUUCCAACGCAGAAAGUAUUGUUGCCUCAAGAGAGAAUGCCGAUCUGCCCGAAAAAGACGGGUCACAAUUCAAAAUAAUGGCAACGGGAGAUACACAGAUGAAGGAAGAGAAAGAAGAAGCGAAUAGGGCUUUAGAAAUCGAGUUCGAAGAGAUGGUGGAGCUCGAAUCUCGUGUCAAAAAACUUAGAGAGAAACGCGAGGCUCUCAGACGAAAAUUCGCCCUGGGGCCUUCUAUCUUGCUUGACGAAGAAAGUAUUUUGCCCAUUGUCAGUCCGAAAAUGAGGAAUUCAAAAUCAAAAGCAUAUAUGAAUAGCCACGCUAGCGCUAGCGCCGACGAGGACGACGAUGAGGACGAUGAUGAUACAGACGAUUGGGACGGGUUCAGAUUCAGGGCCUAA